AUGUGCGACAACGCAACGAAUUUCAUCGGGGCACGGCGUGAAUUGGGUGAACUACGGAAACUGUUCAAUAACCAGGAAUUUGCGAAGACAGUAGCUGAAGUGACGGCAAUGGACAACAUCAACUUUAAAUUCAUCCCGCCAAAAUCUCCAAAUUUUGGUGGGCUUUGGGAGGCUGCCGUGAAGUCGAUGAAAGGACAUCUGAAGCGUACCCUUGGAAACACGGUUAUUUCAUCUGAUGAAAUGGCAACUCUGGUGGCGCAAAUCGAGGCCUGCCUCAAUUCGAGGCCGAUUACGCCACUCUCGAAUGACCCAAACGACAUGGAAAUCCUGACUCCUGGUCACUUUCUGGUGGGAAGACCACUCACAGAAAUUCCAGAACCGUCACUUGAAGACCAGGCUUUCGACAUGGCAGCGAGUGCAGAACUUCCUUCAACACAUCUGGAAGCGUUGGUCGACUCAGUACCUUUCUGA